ACUUUGACACAGGCAAACUUUGAUAAUCCUGGAGGAGAAAGCUGCGUGUCUUCCUUUCAUUGUAUGAUUUUACGCAACCAUGGGCAACAAACACUCAUGUCUAUACGAAGCAGAAGAGAAAACCGUCUUUAUUUCCAGAAAGAAAGAAGUGUACAGGAUUCCUGCUCUUUUCUACAACAGAGACAAACAAAUCCUAAUGGCCUUUUCAGAGAAGCGGAGGAAUACAGAAGAUGCCAGCGCAGAGGCACUGGUCAUGAAGACAGGAAUGAUAAACAAGGACGAAACCACUCAUGAAGUGACAAUUCAGUGGUCAGAGCUAAAACCGGUGAAGGAGGCACACCGUGAUGGAUACCGCCCUAUGAACCCCUGCCCGGUUUAUGAGAAGAUCAGCAAAACACUUUUCCUGUUUUUCAUUUGUGUGGAAGGCACCACCUCAGAGCAGUGGCAGAUAUCGUCGGGCUGCAACAAGGCUCAUCUCUGCUAUGUUACAACUAACGAUGCUGGCCAAAACUGGAGUGACGUGACUGAUUUGACUGAUUUGACUGAUUUGACUGACUCGACUGACUGGGCCACAUUUGCUGUUGGGCCAGGCCAUGGUCUUCAAACAGAGAGUGGUAGAUUGAUUGUCCCAGUGUAUGCAUAUGCUUCUGACUGCUGCUCUCCCUCAAGCUGCAGUUGCUUUUGUAAACCAUGUAAUUCCUUUACUCCACAUGCACUCUCCCUGUAUAGUGACGAUGAGGGCAACACAUGGCAAUUUGGCAAAAUGCUUAAAAAUAAGUCACUUGAAUGUGAAAUGGCCGAAUAUUUUGCCGAUACAGACAAGAGCUUCAUCUACUGCAAUGCACGUUGUGAGGAAGGUCAUCGGGAAGAAGCUGUCAGUACAAAUAAGGGAGAAGAUUUCUCUAAGCUGAGUGUUAAUGAAAAGCUUCCGGAAACGUGUAAAGGCUGUCAGGGAAGUGUGGUCUCUUUUCCAGCUCAAAGUGAAUGUGUAAAUGCAGAGGGGGCUCCAAGCCAGAGCCCAAACAAGUGGCUGCUCUUCAUCCACCCGAGCAAUAAGGGCAAAAGGAGUGAUUUAGGAGUGUAUCUGAAUAAAUCUCCAGGCGACCCAAAUGCAUGGAGCAAACCCUGGAUCAUUAACUGUGGACCCAGUGGUUACUCAGACCUGGCAUACAUUGAUGACGGGUGGUUUGCAUGUCUUAUGGAGUGUGGGAAGGUCUGUGAAACUGAACAGAUAGCCUAUAAGGUUUUUAACUACAAUGAAGUCAAGCAGGGCAUUGGGGAGUAAAUAUCCAUUGCUUUUACUUUUAACUGUGGCUAUACCACAAAUGACAUCCCUCAUAUGGGACUUCAAAGUAACCUGUGGAAUACUAAUGCACUUAAAUCGUAUUCAUACCUUCUGAAUAUAUAAAAAGUGUUGUAUAACGAUUUGCAAUCGAAGUUAUAAUUAUUUACACCAUGCAUUAAAAUGAUUGAUCUGGUUUUUUGUUUUGCUUUCAGCUGUAACAACCAUUACAAUUAUGUAUGAUACUGUACUAACAUUUUAAACGUGUAAGGUGUACUUUAAAAGAUGCUAUAUUUACACAGUUUAUGUUGUUUAUUAAAUGUAAAGAAAACAAGAUUUAUGACAAAUGAA